GCAUUGAAUCUGAGGGAAGAGACUCACCUGAAGAAGAGAUGGAGUCCAGUCAGAAAACAGUUGAGGAACCAGAAGGGGGCGUGGUUUUGUCUCAGGUGGAUCCAAAAGUUCUGAGUGUUAAGGAUGGAAAGGAUUAUCUCGGGUCAUGUGACAGCUCGUUGUCUUCAUCUGACCGUGAGGAUGAUGAUGAUCGGGACAAGAGAAAAAAGAAAAAGAAGAUGAAAAAACUGAAGAAGAAAAAAAGUAAGAAAUCCAGCUCAUCAUCUUCCUCAUCAUCAUCCUCAGACUCUGACAGCAGUGAGGAUGAAAAGACGAAAAAGAAAAAGAGGAAGACAGCAGACAGUGUCAUGAAAGAGUGUGUGAUUCCUGCGGAGACAGAAGAUAUUUUGAAGAACGUUGAUCAUCAAACAACACUGAACUCCAUUGACUUCCACUGUAUGCAAGGUUUAGAAGGAGACGCUGCUUUAACUCCUGCAGGAGAACCCAAAGAAGAGAAGAAGAAAGAGAAGAAAAAACUCAAGGAAGAUAAAGACACAGGAGCGACUACUUCAGACAGCGAGGAUGAACAGAAGAAAAAGAAGAAAAAGAAACAAAAGAAGAAGAAAAAGAAAAAGAAGUACUCCAGCUCAUCCUCUUCUUCUGAAAGCUCAUCCUCAUCAUCAGACAGUGAGGAUGAUGACAAAAAGAAGAAAGACAAGAAGAAGAAAAAGCAGAAGAAGGACUCCAGCUCAUCUUCCUCUUCUGAAAGCUCAUCUUCAUCAUCAGACAGUGAGGAUGACAAGAAGAAAAAUAAAAAGAAGAAAAAGACCAAGAAGCAAAAGAAGGACUCCACCAGCUCUUCUGACAGCACCAGUGAAGACGAGAAGAAGAAGAAGAAGAAGAAGAAGAAGAAGAAGAAGAAGAAGAAGAAGAAGAAGAAGAAGAAGAAGAAGAAGAAGAAGAAAGAUAAGAAAAAGAAGAAAGACAAAAAGAAGAAAGACAAGAAGAAAAAAGACAAGAAGGUGCCGAAACCAGAAGAUGAGAAACUACCAGAAGAUAGUGUGGCUUCUCUUUCAUCCUCAUCUGCACAUCCUGUUGAGUCUGUGAGUGGCCACGUGUGUGAUGAGAAGACAGAAGGUGUGAGCGACAUACCCAAAGACAAAAAGAAGAAAGAUAAGGAUUCAUCAUCAGACAGCGAAGACGACAAGAAGAAAAAGAAGAAGAAGAAGAAGAAGAAGAAGAAGAAGAAGAAGAAGAAGAAGAAGAAGAAAGUGCAGGACUCAUCUUCAUCAUCUGAUAGCUCCUCUUCUGACAGUGCAAAAGACAAGAAGAAGAAGAAGAAGAAGAAGAAGAAGAAGAAGAAGAAGAGAAAAGUGAAGGACUCAUCAUCAUCAUCAGACAGCUCCUCUUCCUCUUCUGACAGUGAGGAGGACAAGAAAAAGAAAAAGAAGAAAAAGGCCAAAGAUUCCAGCUCAUCUUCAUCAUCGGACAGCUCAUCCUCAGACAGUGAUAAAGAUAAAAAGAAAAAGAAAAAGAAGAAAAAGGACACCGGCUCCUCAUCUGAAAGUAACAAAGACAAGAAGAAGAAAAAGAAGAAAGACAAGAAGAAGAAGGACUCUAAAGCAUCAGCUUCAGAUAACGAUGAUGUCAAACAGAAGAGAGCAGGAGAUGAAGAGAAAGCUUGUCAGGGGUCUCAGGUUAUCUCUUCUGAACUUCAGAGCGGAGCUCCACAGGAGAACAGCAGCGCCUCCUCCAAGUGUUUGACUCCUAUAGAAAGCCUGAUGGGUCAUCCACAGAGGAACACACUGGAGACGGACCAAGGGUCUCUUAUGACCACCAGAUACACUUUACACAGGUCUAAUGAGAUAUACAGAGGACCCAGACCAUACAGGUCUUAGACAUGGUUAUCAAAGUGUCACACCUGUUUCUUCUUAUAUAAUGUUUUUAAAAAUGAAAAUUUGUGAAAAUUGCCACGGAGGAUUUGUUUGUGUGUUAACAGAGAUUUUCAUUGUGUAUUUUGCUGAAACAUCUUUGCAAUUACUAUUUUUUUGUGUUUUAAUGAGAUUUCUGGAUGCAACACAUGAAAUAAAUCCAAGA